AUGGUUGGAAAACUCAAACAGAACUUGCUAUUGGCAUGUCUGGUGAUCAGUUCAGUGACUGUUUUUUACUUGGGCCAACACGCUAUGGAGUGUCACCACCGAAUAGAAGAACGCAGCCAGCCUGUGAGGAUGGAAAGUGUGAGAAGCACAGUAAGAACUGCUUCCAAUGUAAAUGCAAACAAAACCUUUGCUUACAACAAAGACAUGCCUUUAAUAUUUAUUGGAGGAGUACCUCGGAGUGGCACCACCUUAAUGCGUGCCAUGCUUGAUGCCCAUCCGGAUAUUCGAUGUGGAGAAGAGACAAGGGUAAUCCCGCGAAUUCUGGCAGUUAAGCAGAUGUGGGCUAGAUCAAGCAAAGAGAAGAUCCGACUGGAUGAAGCUGGAGUCACAGAUGAGGUUCUGGACUCAGCCAUGCAAGCGUUUUUAUUGGAAAUCAUUGUGAAGCAUGGGGAGCCUGCUCCAUAUUUGUGUAACAAAGAUCCUUUUGCUUUAAAAUCCUUAACUUAUCUUGCUAGAAUUUUCCCCAAUGCCAAAUUUCUUCUAAUGGUACGGGAUGGUCGUGCAUCUGUGCAUUCCAUGAUAUCUAGAAAAGUCACAAUAGCUGGGUUUGACCUUAACAGCUACAGAGACUGCUUGACCAAGUGGAAUCGUGCUAUAGAAACUAUGUAUAACCAGUGUAUGGAGGUUGGUUUUGAAAAAUGUAUGCUGGUACAUUAUGAACAACUGGUAUUGCAUCCUGAAAGAUGGAUGAGAACUCUCUUAAAGUUUCUUCGCAUCCCAUGGAACCAAGCAGUGCUGCACCAUGAAGAAAUGAUUGGAAAAGCAGGGGGUGUUUCCCUUUCGAAGGUUGAAAGAUCUACUGACCAAGUAAUCAAGCCAGUCAAUGUGGAAGCACUGUCAAAGUGGGUUGGGAAGAUACCUGCUGAUGUUCUGCAGGAUAUGCCUGUGAUUGCACCCAUGCUAGCAAAACUGGGCUAUGAUCCGUAUGCCAAUCCACCAAAUUAUGGAAAGCCAGAUCAAAAAGUUGUGGAAAACACAAGGAGGGUCUAUAAAGGUGAAUUUCAGCUUCCUGACUUUCUUAAAGAAGUGCCACAGACUGAACCUAUGGAGUAG